AUGGCAAUUAACAUAAUGAGGUGGCUGCGGCUAACAGAAAGCCAGUUUGAGCAUCUUUUGAAUGAAAUUUCCCCAAGAAUUCAGAAGCAAAAGACAAAGUUUGGGAAGCCCAUAUCUCCUGCUGAGAGACUGACUGUCACUCUCCGGUUUCUAGCCACAGGAAGUACAUUUAGAAAUUUAUCUUCGGAAUUCAGAAUUGAUGUAAGAACGAUAUCCUACAUAGUCAUAGAAACAUGUACCGCUUUGUACAAGACCCUAAAAUAUACAUUUCAAGUGCCAACAUCAAAGGAACAUUGGAUGGCUAUUGCCAAGCACUUUCAAGAUUGGUGGAAUGCGCUCCAUUGUUUGGGAGCCAUUGAUGGAAAGCACAUUGUGAUGAGGAAGCCCAUCAACAGUGUUUCUCAUUACCAUAAUUACAGAGGGACUGAAUCAAUUGUUCUUUUAGCAGUUGUGGAUGCAAAUUACACAUUUCAGUAA